AAGGAGGCUUCUGAUUUUCUGGUCUGGUGGAGGGUUGGGAGGGAACUUGGGCAUCGUUUUUUUCCCUCUUGCUCUUGCCAAAACCCCAGUGCCUGAUCUCCAACCCUGGAUUAUAUGUACCUUGAGGCAAAAAUCUCCACCCAAGAAAAAGGAAGAUUGGCAGAUCUGAUCUCCUGGUAGGGUGCCUUUCCCUAAGGAUAUUAAGUCAUGUAGAUUCUUACACCUUUCCUUUCCCUUCCUUCAAUCCCUUUGGUUCUUGGACUUUCCCUUCGAGCUCUCUGAUGCCUCAGACUUUUCCCUUUUAUCUGUCUUGCUCAGGUGUUUCCUUGGCACUCCUUUUCGAGAAGGCAGGCUUCCCACCUCCAGUCGCUUCAUCCCUUAACCAUCCCCUGUUCUCUAUGCAGCCAAACUGGUUUGAGUCAGCCACACCCCUUUCCCAGCUCCUGGACUUCCUCAGGUAGUGGGGUGGCCACUCAACCCCGCCCCUGGGCUUGGCUUGGAGUCCUGAGUCAGCUCGUUCUCCACCCAAGCCAAAUCAAACCCGAGGCAGGAGCCGAAACUCACAGUCCCUCAAGGCCUAUAGCCAGGUGAUGGAGGACGAGGAGAAGGCAAUGGAGAUCUUGGUGAGCAACACGGAGGCUGCUCAUUCUCCAUCCCCCACCCACUGCUGCUGGCUCCGCCUCCGCUACUUGGCAGCUACUAGCGUUGUAUGUGGUUGUUCUUGCCUGGGAGUCAUGGCUCUUGUGUUUGCCAUCAAGGCAGAAGAGCGGCAUAAGGCAGGCCGGUCCAAGGAGGCAGUGCACUGGGGGGCCCGGGCCCGGAGGUUCAUCCUGGCCAGUUUUGCUGUCUGGCUCACUGUCCUUGUUCUGGGCCCCCUGCUGCUGUUGCUGCUCUCCUACGCCAUCGCCCAGGCUGAGUGACCCUGGGUGGCCUCUGCUGAGGGUCGGCUGAGACUUCUUGGAUCCUGCAGUGCAGCCUUGCUGGGGUACAGUGCCAGCAGUGGCCCUUGUCUGGCUGGAAGGAUGGUGUCUCUCCCAAGGAGCUUUGAGAAGAGCUGUUCUGGCCCUUUAUAAGAGGAGGGCACCAGUUGAGACUGAUGAGAGGAGGUUAGCCCGCUCUGUUCUUUCAGCACCCACCACCGCAUAUUCCCCCACCCCAUCUGAAGGGCCUCUGCUGAGAAGCAGGGUUGGAGACCAGGCCUGAUUUUAUUAUAAUUUGUUUUGUAAUAAAAACCUUUUUUAGUGCUGAAAUGCUCUUGUCUAAUUGCGGUUCCCCUGCUUUCCCCUGGGCCCUUGGUAAGAGCCUGUCUAGACCUCCAACUGAGGGCAGAGCCUGGAUCUCAUCUUACCUAGGAGCUCUUUUUCUGGAAGUUUCCCUUCUUGGAAAGACCCUAGCUUCUCCAUUACACAUCAACAGAGGCCCGAGGCCAGGGAGGAUAAGUAGUAGCAGCAGCUACUCUUUAUUAUUUGGUGUAUUUUAGGUGUGUUUUAAGCACUUCAUAUUUCUUAACUCCUUUAGUCCACAUGAUGACUCAAUAAUAGUUAACAUUAUCCUCAUUUUAUAGCUGAGGAAACUGAGGCACAGAUUUCCCAAGGUCACACAGCUAGUAAGUGGCAAUGCAGAGAUUAAACCCAGACAUUUUGGUUGCAGAGUAGAGAGAAGAGUAAAAGGGUUGGGUAACAGCAGCAACCAUGGUGUAUGUAAAAAUUUGUAUGAUUACAAUGGAUUUUUACAUUGUAUAUCUUGGGCCUCGCAAUAAUUUUUAAACUUUUUUUAAUUGUGAAGUGUAUCACACAUACAGAAAAGUACUCAAAACAAGUGUACAGCUCAAUACAUUAACACAAAGCAAAUAGCUGAAUAACCACCAUUCAGUCAAGAAAUUAAGCACUGCCAGCACUUCAAAGUCUCCUUCAUGCCCCUCCCAGUCACCACUCCUUCCUUCCUUUCUUCACACAGGUAACUACCAUUCUGACUUCUAACAAUGUAGUUGAAUUCUGCGUGCAUUUGAACUUUAUGUAAAUGGAACCAUAUAUAUUGUCUUUUAUGUUUAGCUUCUUUUAUUUAAUGUUAUGUUUGUGAGAUGUUCUACAUAGCUGUAGUUUCUAUUGCUGUAUAAUAUUCCAUUAUAUGAAUAUAUCACAGUUUAUCCAUUUUCUGUGGCUAAACUUUUGAGGUAUUUCCAAUUUGGAGAUAUUAUGAAUCACGUAGCUGUGUCUUUUAAUGUUUCUUGGUGUACAUAUGUCUUGGGAAUGGAACUUUUGGGUUACUUCACCAUAAUUCAGAGACCAGCAGGGCACCUAAAGGAAUUAGAGAUGUUGCACACUGAAGAGAGAUUAGAGGGGAAGAAGAGACACACGAUGGUGGCCUUCAGUGUUCUGAAGGGUUCCAGGAAGGAAAAGUGACAUGAAUCCAUUGGUGGUCCCAGAGGUUAGAAUUAUGACUAGAAGCCAUAUAUAGGGCAGCAGUUUCUCAACCUUGGCUUCACAAUAGAAUAAUCUAGGGAGCUUUAAAAAAUACUUAUGCUUGGGCUUCACUGCCAGAGAUUAUGAUUUAAUUGGUGUGAGGUACUGCCUGGACAUCAGGAUUUUUUAGCCUUACUGAUUCUAGCACACUAUUAUUUGAGAACCACUGCUGUUUAGAAAAGGUUUGGUUGUAUUCACUCUACCAAUUCCUAAAUCGGGAAAGAAAGGUAGCACAUUUUAAGAGACUUAUGGGAAAAAAAAAAUUAAGCUAAUGCCUGAUUAAUCAGGAGUGUCAGUUUCCUAGAAGAGAAUAUUCCAUUCCCCCAAACUCUGAUAAAUUUUGAAAAUGUUUCACGCCUACAGAACAAUAAAAGAUUAGUACAAUGAACUCCUGUAUACUCUUCACCAAGAUUUAUAAUUUUUAACAUUUCAUCACAUUUGCUUUAUAUCUUUCUAGAUACACUUAUUGUUAAUGCUGAACUAUUUGAGGGCAAUUUGCAAGCCCUGCAUCCCUAAAUACUUCAUGAUUGUAAGGAUGGCAAGGGGGCCUCUGACCUUCUCUAACUUCACGAGGUGGGAGGAUCACCAUCAGGAUCAACAGCCCAAGGCUGAUUCCUAUGAGGCAGAAGUUAGAUAUACCUCCUCUCUCCAACCUUUUUACCAGUUCUGACACCAGCCGU